AUGGCGAGCGGUGCAGCGACUGUGAUUCGGCGUUGCCAGUUGUACGUCCCCGGCUCAUCCAUGCGCUUCCUCGAAAAAUCGCGCAGCCUGACCGUCGACUCCGUCGCCUACGACCUCGAAGACUCCGUCACCCCCUUGAAGAAGCCCGAAGGCCGCGCCAACAUCCUCGCCGUGCUGAACAAAGACCGCGUCCCCGGCAUCCGCGAGCAAGCCGUGCGCAUCAACCCCGUCUCCUCGGGCCUCGCCCUCGACGACCUGACGGAGAUCCUCAAAGGCAAGAACCUCGACUGUCUCGUGGUGCCCAAAGUCGACCGGCCGAGCGACUUGCACUUCGUGACGGAUGUGCUGCGGCAGAAGUUGCCGGAGCGGCAUGCGCCGGGGAGUACGAACCCUGUGAAGAUUGUGGCGCUCGUGGAGUCGGCGCGCUCGUUGAUGGAUUUGAAUUCCAUUUGUCAGGCUUCGCCGUAUCUUUCUGGUUUGGGGUUUGCGGCUGAGGACUUUUCGUUGGACCUCAGUAUUACGCGCACCCCUGGAUUGAACGAGUUCACCUACGCGCGAAGCGCAAUCGUCACCGCCGCUAGAGCGUUCGAGAUCCCCUCUGCACUCGACCUCGUCUCUACCACCUUCCGCGGCGAGGAAGGCCGCAAGUUCCUACAGGACGAGAGCGAGAAUGGGAAACGCUUCGGCUUCAACGGGAAGCAGUGUAUUCACCCCGACCAGGUGUCUGUCGUGCAGGACGUAUUUAGUCCGAGUCAGCAGGAGACUGAGUGGGCUGUGCGGAUUGUGAUUGCGGACAAGAAGGCGGACGCACAGGGCAGAGGCGCGUGGACGCUGGAUGGCAAGAUGAUUGAUGUGCCGGUGGUGGGGAAGGCGAAGGCCAUCGUGGCCAAGGCGGAGCUGUGUGGGAUGGAUGUUAAGGCGUUGCAGGAGAAGUUUAAGGAUGAGGAGCCGAAGUGA